AUGGGUAGCCAGAUUCUAAGCAUUCAUUGCAUGAUUAAUAAUUCUUCUAUACCAAUUGCUUAUGCAUUGAUGGAAUCAAAAUCUAGAAAUUCCUAUCAAUGUGUUCUAGACUUUAUGAAGGCAAAUCUACUUCCUAACCUUAACCCUGACAUUAUAAUCACAGAUUUUGAACCAGCCUUAAGAGAUUCACUUCUAUCUUCUUUAGGUGUAAAAGGAACCAGAGUUAUGGGAUGUUGGUUUCAUCACAAUCAGGCUGUAUGGAAGAAAAUGAAGUCUUAUAAUUAUUUGGCAACUGUUAAUUCAAAUCAGUAUGCAUUAAAAUCUUUGAGGAUGCUCAUGUGUUUGCCUCUAUUGCCGGGAGCAGAAAUUGAGCAAGGGUUUUUGCUCAUUAUUAAAGCAUAUGCUAUCAAUCAUAAUGUACCAAUGCCAAACCUUUUCAACUAUUAUCAAAGUUAUUGGAUAAGACGUGUUGGUGUAAAUAUUUUAUCAGUUAAUGGCAUCCCUAGAAGGAUAAUAUAA